AUCGUGAUGGAUGCCAAGUACGUCCUCUGCAGAUGGAAAAAACGAUUGUGGCCUGCGAAGGUUUUGGCCAGAACCGAGACUUCAGCAAACAAUAAAAGAAAAAAGGAAUUUUUUCUAGAUGUUCAAAUCCUCUCCCUGGAUGAAAAAAUUAAGGUGAAAAGUACAGGCGUCAAGAGCCUAAAGAAGUCUCAAAUUGAGGACAUUGCCUCCUUAUUAGCCUCACAGAAUGAGGCCCUGGCCCCACCCCUGGAGGAGUUGGCCUACAGACGCUCGCUUCGAGUGGCCCUGGACGUUUUGAACAAGGUUGCUGGGGGAGAGAAGGAGGACAAGAGUGAGGAGGGGGCAGGCAGCCCCCCAGUCCCAGUCACUCCCUCCAGAGCCAGGAUAUCCGUCUCCUGUACCAGGGUCCUUAGGAGCCGCCUGCUGUCCCCUGCGGGACCGCCCCCUGCGCGCUCAGCCUGCCUGGACACUGAAGAGCUCCCUGUGAAGAGGUUGCGUCUGGAAGGCAGCCAGAUAGCAUCCACUGGGGAAUCUGAGGUGGGGCCCGUGGGGCACAGUGUUGCCAGACACCCUCCCACAUCCUCGUCGGGCUGUGUCCACCUCCUGGAGCCCUCGAAGGCCGGAGAAGAACACCAGUCUUCUGAGGGAUUGCUGGACUUUAGUCCCCUUCAUUCCAUCCUGGAUGAAGAUGAGGAAGAGGAAGAGCCCCCCAGGAUCCUGCUGUACCAUGAACCACGUUCGUUUGAAGUAGGAAUGCUAGUCUGGCAUAAAUACCAAAAAUACCCCUUCUGGCCAGCAGUGGUCAAAAGCCUCAGGCGACGAGAAAAGAAAGCCAGCGUGCUUUUUAUCGAAGGAAACAUGAACCCAAAAGGGAGAGGCAUCACAGUGUCUCUUCGAAGACUGAAGCACUUUGACUGUAAAGAGAAGCAGAUAUUGCUGCACAAAGCCAAGCAGGACUUCGAGCAGGCUGUCGGCUGGUGUGUGUCCCUUAUCACUGAUUACAGAGUCCGGCUAGGCUGUGGAUCGUUCGCCGGCUCAUUCCUGGAGUACUACGCAGCCAACAUAAGUUACCCUGUGAGGAAGUCCAUCCAGCAGGACAUCCUGGGGGCCAAGUUCCCCCAGCUGAGCGGGGGGGACCCUGAAGAGCCAGAGGCGGGGAGCCUCCUAGGCCAGUCCCAGCCCUGCCGGAAGGUGCUCCCAGACCGGUCACGGGCGGCGCGGGACCGGGCUAACCAGAAGCUGGUGGAGUAUAUUGUGAAGGCCAAGGGGGCCGAGAGUCACCUGCGUGCCAUCUUGAAGAGCCGGAAGCCAUCGAGGUGGCUGACAACCUUCCUGAGCUCGAGCCAGUAUGUGACGUGCGUGGAGACGUACCUGGAGGAUGAGGAGCAGCUGGACCUGGUGGUGAAGUACCUGCAGGGGGUCUAUCAGGAGGCAGGCAGCACGGUGCUGACGCGCCUCAACGGAGACCGAAUCCGCCUCAUCCUGGACGUACUGCUUCCCGAGGCCAUCAUCUGUGCCAUUUCUGCAGUGGACGCGGUGGAUUACAAGACAGCGGAGGAGAAGUACAUAAAAGGACCAUCUCUCAGCUACCGGGAGAAGGAGAUGUUUGACAACCAACUGCUGGAAGAACGGAAUCGGCGGCACCGGCCUGAUGCCUUUGGGAACGCAGCCCUUGGUUUGGAGCCAGAGCAGGGCCUGUGA